UCGGAAAUCCUGAUUUGUACUGUGACUUCAAUGGAAAAAUCUCUCGGCGAUCUAGAGGGCAGCACCACAGGGGAGUCUAGCCGUGACCUGCUACCUGAACCCUUACACCGCCCCACCUGGGGCAGCAAACUUCAGUACAUCCUUGCUCAAGUUGGCUUUUCGGUUGGUCUUGGGAAUGUUUGGCGGUUUCCUUACUUGUGCCAUCAAAAUGGGGGAGGUGCCUUCCUGUUACUGUACUUUCUGCUGCUACUUAUCAUCGGCAUCCCGCUUUUCUUCCUGGAGUUAGCGGCUGGACAAAGCAUACGCCAGGGGAGCAUCGGCGUUUGGAAGCAUAUCAGCCCUCGGUUAGCCGGAAUUGGGUUUGCCAGCUGUAUAGUGUGUACAUUCGUCGCCCUGUAUUACAAUGUUAUUAUCGGAUGGAGCCUUUUUUAUAUGUUUAAUUCCUUCCAGUACCCCUUACCAUGGGAAAGCUGUCCCCUUCUGGCCAAUCAGACACAAGAAGAAGAGUUGGAGUGUGCCAAGAGUACACCCACUACAUACUUCUGGUACAGAAAAGCCUUGGAUGUUACAGAGUCCAUUGGAGCAUCAGAGAUGAACUGGCCAUUGACAGGGUGUCUUAUUCUUGCCUGGAUACUGGUUUGCGGUGGUAUGAUCAAAGGGAUCAAGUCUUCUGGGAAAGUGAUGUACUUUAGCUCGGUUUUUCCUUACGUUGUGCUCUUGUGCUUCCUUAUCCGUGGAUUGUUACUGGAUGGUGCUGUGGAUGGGAUUCGAAUCAUGUUUACGCCAAAGCUGGAAAUUUGGGGCGACGUUCAAGUUUGGCGCCAGGCAGCUACUCAGGUCUUCUUUGCAUUGGGCCUUGGAUUCGGAAGUGUGAUAGCAUACUCUAGCUAUAAUGAUCGUAAUAAUAACUGCCACUUUGAUGCUAUUCUGGUGUCAUUUAUUAACUUCAUGACUUCCAUCCUGGCAACACUCGUGGUGUUCGCUGUCUUGGGAUUCCGAGCCAACAUUGUUGCAGAGAAAUGUGUUGAAAAGUAA